UCAGAAACACAAACGCGCAGUCUCAAAUCGAGGAAAAAUAACGAAAAAGUUAGUUUAGUUAUUUUUUAAACGGAUAAAAUCCUGUGAUAUUAGUCGUUUAAGUGGACCAGCGAAGAAGAAUCGCAAGCAUGGUGGGAGCCCCGGAUGCGUUCAGACCCCCGGAGAAGAUCAGCGACCACUCGCCGCACCUCAACGGAGCGCCUCUCUUCACUAUCAGCGAUGGGAAGGAGGGCAUCGACCUCACCCACAGCAUGGCGUCCAUAAACUCGUGCGCAGACGCCGCGGCCGACCCGCCCGACAAGAAGGUCAACGACGUCGACGCCGAGAAACAACCCUUGUCCGGGAGGAAAGAGGAGAAAUGGUGGACGACGCUGAUGCAGGUGGCGGUGCCGUUCUUCAUAGCGGGCUGCGGCACCAUCGGCGCGGGGCUCGUGCUGGGCACUGUCAGGGAUUGGGAUGUCUUCGUCAACGUGUCAGCUAUAUUCGUGCUAGUGCCUUCAUUAUCAGGACUGAAAGGCAACCUGGACAUGUGCCUGGCGUCGCGGCUGUCCACGCAGGCCAACCUCGGCAACAUGGCGUCCGCCAAGGAGGUGGUGUCCAUGGUCGUCGGCAACAUCUCGCUGGUGCAGGUGCAAGCCAUCGUCGCCGCAACAGUGGUAUCAAUAUUCGCGAUCGUGGCCAACUCCGUCACCGACGGCGUCGUGAACGGAGACAACGUGCUGCUGCUCAUCUCCUCGGCUGUCUUCACCGCCACCACCACCUGCUUCGUGCUGGACUUCGUGAUGGUGAUGGUGAUCUACGGCUCGCACCGGUUCAAGGUGAACCCCGACAACGUGGCCACGCCGCUCGCCGCGUCCAUCGGAGACAUCGUCAGCAAUACUGUCCUGGCCGUGACUGCGCAGUACAUGUACGAGCAGAUUAAAAUAUCGUUAUGGCAGCCUAUAGUCCUCAUCUGCGUCUACUACAGCAUCCUCCCCAUCUGGGUGUACAUCGUGUACAAAAACAAAUACACAAAGAAAGUUCUCACUACUGGUUGGACGCCGGUCAUUUCUGCACUUUUCAUCAGCGGUGUGGGCGGCAUAGUGCUCGACCAGGCCGUGGACAGGUACCGAGGCUACGAAGUCUUCCAGCCGAUCGUGAACGGUAUCGGAGGCAACCUGGUCUGCGUGCAGUCCUCGAGGCUGGCCACUCACCUGCACCAGACCGCCAUCCCUGGAGUGCUGCCUGAAGGGACGAGGCUGAUCGAGUGGCCAUGGAAGACGCUGUUGUUCGGAACUGCGGCAGCUAAAGUGGCUCGCAUGUUGCUGGUGCUGGCGGUGGUCGGUCAGAUCAUCUUCAUGGUGGUCGCUGACUUCGUGUACCAGGGCCUCGUCACCAUCCAGCUCGCCUUCGGGCUCACCUACAUCAUCUGUUCUGUGUUCCAGGUAAUGGUAUUGUUAUACUUGGCAUACAUUCUGGUGCAUUACAUGUGGAAGCUGAAGAAGGACCCAGACAACGCAGCCAUCCCUUACUUGACGGCACUCGGUGACUUACUAGGAUCAGUCUUCCUGGGCCUGGCAUUCGUCAUACUAUCACUAUUCGGCUUAGAAUACGGUAAUAAUGCCCAGUGAAUCCUUUUUAUGUAUAUUAGGAUAAACUAGUACACUCGACCUGACUUCAGGGUAUUACCAGAUCCCAGUAGACAAUGAUUAAGGGAAGAUUAAUUGAAAGGUCUUCGUUAAGACUAAGAAAUCCAGAUGGUACCGUGUUUUGGUACAGAUUUCUGUGCAGUAUAGUAUUUCAUCAAGUGCCAAGAACCUUGAAAAGUUCCUCACAAGAACAGUAUUUUUAUAGACGAUAUUAUUGUUGAUGGCGUAUAGACGCAUUCCAUUUUUACUUUAUUUAACAUGAAACAUUUUUAUUUUAACGAUUGGCUUCUUAUGAAAGUAUUGUGAUGUAAAUGCAAUUAUUUUAAAGUAGAAAGAGACUUGACAAGAUUAAGAAAUCUUGAAGUAGACAAUAAUACCUAACGUUUCAGAUAUCAGUGAUGAUGGUGUAGUUAAGAGUAUUUUUUAUGAGAUUCCAUGUCAUUUUUACAACAAAUAUUGACAUUUUAUUAUAUUUUCAGGUGUGAAAUAUUAAUUAUCCAAUCCAAUAAGGUUUAAUUUCAUUUUAUCAUCAAUAUAUCAAUCAUGAAAUUUAAAAUAUUAUAGGUAGUUGUGUAUAUGUAUUUAGAAGUAGCUAAUUCUAGUGUAUAGGUAGACCGAGAGUACAAUAAUGCAAUUAUUAUUAUUAGCUAAGUAAGAUACCUAACUUAAAUUGUAAUUAUAUUAACUGCUAGUAAUUUUAUAAGUUAAGAAAUAUUUUUAAAACCAUCAAUAUUUUUUCAAUCAUUUGAUUUAGGCCUUUAAAGAAUUCUAUUGUUAAAAUUAUCACGACUGUCAAUUUCUUACUUGUUUAUUAAUUCAUACUUUAAAAAAAUGUUAUUUGGUCUGUCUUUAGAAUAAUUUCCGAUUCACAUUUUUUUUACAAAAAUUUCUAAAAUAUUACUUAAAUUUUUACCACAACCACAAACACUAAAUAGUAAUUUUUUUCUUUUGCAAAUUUGCAAAACCAUAAUGACUGUGUUUCACUAUUUGUGGAAUAGUCUGCAUAAAGGUUAUCUUACUUUUAAAGAGAUUUUGAAACCGGCUCUUAUUUUGUUGUAUCAGAUAUAACCAACGCAGAUACAGAAUCAGUAUGAAAAUUAAAGAACAGAAGCACGAACUAAACUGUAACAGCUAACUUUUCAUUUUGAUUUUUCAUCUGCGACCGUUAUAAGUACGGUCAUGUGCAGAGAAACCUGACCCCCCUCUCAUAGUAACAAUGUUUCUAAGUGGGGUCAGAUUUCUCUGCCUUAUACUGUACUUCUUAAAACAACGAACUUCAUAAUUUGUACUUGAUGCCUUUCUGUAACGGUUAUGAUGAUAGAGUUCCUAAAUGUUAUGAAUUAUGAAUCAAAUGUUUAUACUUAAUACAAAAUCCAUAUUUUUUGUAACUAUAAACCACAUAACGCUUUGCAUUUAUGAUUAAAGGAAAAAGUUAUACCAUAUAGAAAAUGGGAAAUACUUAUGUAAAUAAAUUGAUAAAUGUUUAUUAUUAGUGAUCGCGUAUUUUUACACAAUGUGAUAGAAUUUCGGUUGCACAGACGUUGAACAACAAAACGGACACAUUGAUCAUCUUUGAAGUCGUUCACUGAUUUAAUUUCACCCUGUAAACGAAGUGAAAUGAUACAAAGAAUUCAGUCAGAAAUCAUCUUAUACAAGUCUUGUAUAUAAAAUGGUACGAAGUUAAUGAUUUAAUAUUUAAACAGUCACAAAAGUUCAGGCGCAUUCCUGUAGUUAAAUUAGCAGAUUUAAUUAUUUACGAUUACACGAUUCUUGUCCAUAUCGGGAGGCAAUGUGUUUAGAAGAUCAGUUAAAAUUACUGUAAUUAUUUGAUAAAUAUGAGACUCGUCUUUAAGGUUUUUAUAUCCAGCGUGAAAAAGUGAAAUAUAAAUUUAAAAAAACUAAUUCUUUGUAAAAUACAGCAUUAGCCCUAUUUGAUAGACAGAUCCUUAUGCCUGGUGAAUCAACUUUUGAUUUUCCCUUGAAAACAUACAAAUGACAAAUAUAAUGUAUCUAUUUGACAGCAGCGGUCAUAGGGCUCAUUAUAUUUUACAAAGUAGUAAGGGCUUUUAGACAAGGGUAACAUUUAUUGAAUAAACCGACUAACUAUACCUAUACCGACCCUUAAAAAUUAAUUAUACUUGGGGUCACUUUUACCAAACGCUAAACGUACUUAAAAUUGUAUUUAAAUCAAAUUUUUAAAUGCAUUUUGUACUAACUGACAGACGUUUGACAGGCUACUAAAUACGUUUAGCGUUUAGUAUAAUUCCACCUUAGACAAGGGUUACAUUUAUUGAAUAAACAGAUGAAUUAUACCUAUACCGACCCUUAAAAAUUAAUUAUACUUAUUAGUAGAUUAACAAAAUCUUGUGUUAGGUAUAUUGAAUGAAUGAUGUGAUAUGAAUUAUGAUACAUUAAUGUGUAUUUUUUUAAUUAGUUGUGUAAAUAGAUAAUUGUUAUGUAGUUUGUAAGUAUGUUUGUUGCCUGAUGAUAAUGACAGUAUACUCGCAUUAAAAGAAAUAUUGAAGAAGAAGUAGGAAUUAAUUAGCACCUACGUGUAGGUAGUUUUUAGAAUUUUAUUGAAACUUUGAUGUACAGUUUACAGCGAAGAAACCUGACCCCCGCUCAGUAGCAUUGUCACUCAAAGGGGGGCAGGUUUUUCUGCAGUCCACCUGUACAUAUAGGUACGGUCAGCUGCAUAAGUAGCUAUACACUUUUGUUCCUUGUCAAAGUAGCUACGUAUAACAAACUGACAGUGUUUUAAUAGGCAGUUAGUGAGUUUGACAAGGUAAAAAGUGUACAGCUGCUUAUGCAGCUGACUGUACAUUCAAAGUUAGAUUGUGGCAUUCAAUUUUUCGUUGCGUUGGUAGUGACUAUAUUUUUCUUUUAUAAUAACAUAAAAACUCAUGCAUGUUUAUUGUUAUGAUUUUAUUACCAACUUAACGAUUGUAUCAAAUCUUAAUCAAUAAAUUAAAGAAAAAAGUCUAGUUAUCAAUUCAGUGUCACUGUGGCACCAAAUUUAUAAUUAGCGCUAUAAUAAGACGGUUUUAAAAUUACGACAAAAUCCAUAGAGGUAAUGUUAGUUUUUAUAGCCAUGUCUUAGUUUCAGCAUCUAAAUGUAAAAAUACCUAUAUUGAUUUCUUAAUUACAUUUAGGCCUACUUUCACCAUAGUCAGUUAGAUGUUAGAUUAUUAACACCUAAGUUACAUUGUAAGUGUAAUCUAAAAUAAAAUAUCCAUAUUGAAUUCUUGACAGAUGUGACAAAAGUCAACUAUUCUCUUGUUAUAAUGUAAUGAUCUAACAGAGUAUGGUGAAACUAGGCCUUACCUGUAUUUAAAAAAAUACGAAUGUAUUGUAUCUACAGAACCUUGUUAACCAAUGUUUAAUAAAAGCAUCACUGUAAAGUCAAUAACAAUUAUAGUUAUUAUACAUAAUAUACAAAUUAUUGUUUAAUGUAGUUCAUGUUAGGCGGCUUCUGUGAUAAAAUAUCAUAAUUUAAUUUAA